AUCUAAAGCCUUUUCAUUUUUUGUUGGCCGGUGGGAUAUUCUUUAAAUGAGUUCUAGGCAAAUCCCUAUUCAUUCCAUUUUUAUAAUCCACCCGAUCGGCAAUAAAACUUCAGUUUCAUAAACUUGUCUGAAUAAUUGAGAGAACCCAACUCAAAAGAUUCAAUUUUUUUUUCAUUACUCUAAUAAAAAGAUUCGAUUUUUAUACACAAUUUUUUUCCUUACAAUUUUUUUAAUCCCCACAUAUAAUUGAAGAAAGAGAGAGAGAGAGAGAGAUAGCACACAAAAAGUGGUAGAAGGAACGAAGAACGAGAGAUAUGAGAGCUGGUUUAAGUACGAUUCAACAGACUCUGACGCCGGAGGCUGCCACCGUUUUAAACCAAUCUAUCUCCGAAGCGGCGCGUCGUAACCACGGCCAAACCACUCCUCUCCACGUUGCUACCACUCUUUUAGCUUCUCCUGCUGGCUUUCUCCGACGAGCUUGUAUCCGAUCUCACCCCAAUUCUUCUCACCCUUUACAGUGCAGAGCCCUCGAGCUCUGUUUCAGCGUCGCCUUAGAGCGUCUCCCUACUGCUACGGCCACUCCUCCUAAUAAUGAUCCACCCAUCUCAAACGCGCUUAUGGCGGCGCUUAAACGAGCUCAAGCCCACCAACGCCGCGGGUGUCCUGAGCAGCAACAGCAGCCUUUGUUGGCCGUUAAAGUCGAGCUUGAACAGCUCAUCAUCUCGAUUUUGGAUGAUCCGAGUGUGAGCCGGGUUAUGCGAGAAGCUAGCUUCUCGAGUCCGGCGGUUAAAGCUACAAUUGAACAGUCGUUGAACAAUUCUUCGUCUACUCCGACGCCGGUUCCGAGUGUUUCUUCCGUCGGGUUGAAUUUUAGACCCGGUGGAGGAGGUGGAGCUCCGAUGACGAUGACCCGGAAUUCUUAUCUUAACCCACGGUUACAGCAGAGCGCUACGUCGGCGCAAUCAGGGGUUGUUAAUAAGAACGAUGAUGUGGACCGGGUUAUGGAUAUAUUGGGUCGGGCGAAGAAGAAAAACCCGGUUUUGGUUGGAGAUUCGGAGCCGGGUCGGGUGAUUCGUGAGAUCUUUAAGAAAAUUGAAGUCGGAGAAGUUGGGAAUUUAGCGGUGAAGAACUCAAAGGUGGUUCAUUUAGAAGAGAUCAAUUCGGAUAAGGCUUUGAGAAUUAGGGAAUUAGAUGGGUUGCUUGAGACACGUUUAAAGAACUCUGAUCCUGGCGGUGGUGUGAUUCUCGAUCUCGGAGACUUGAAAUGGCUUGUGGAGCAACCGAGCGCAACGCAACCGCCGGCUACGCUUGCGGUGGAGGUUGGAAGGACUGCAGUGGCGGAGCUACGGAGGCUUUUGGAGAAGUUCGAAGGAAGACUCUGGUUUAUUGGAACAGCGACGUGUGAGACUUAUCUAAGGUGUCAAGUUUAUCAUCCUUCAAUGGAGACUGAUUGGGAUCUUCAAGCUGUGUCUGCAGCAGGUAAAGCUCCGGCCUCCGGCGUUUUCCCGAGGCUUGCGAACAAUUUGGAAUCAUUCACGCCAUUGAAGAGCUUUGUGCCUGCGAAUAGGACUUUGAAAUGUUGUCCACAGUGUUUGCAGAGUUACGAGCGAGAACUCGCUGAGAUUGAUUCAGUGUCUUCUCCAGAGGUUGUUAAAUCAGAAGUAGCUCAGCAGAAACAGUUGCCACAGUGGCUGUUGAAAGCUAAACCUGUUGAUCGUUUACCGCAGGCAAAGAUUGAAGAAGUGCAAAAGAAAUGGAAUGAUGCGUGUGUGCGUCUUCAUCCUAGCUUUCAUAACAAGAACGAGAGGAUUGUUCCGAUUCCGGUUCCUAUAACGUUGUCGACAAGCUCUUAUGGUCCUAAUAUGCUUCUUCGUCAGCCGUUGCAGCCUAAGUUACAUCCCAAUAGAGAGUUGCGUGAGAGGGUACAGUUGAAGCCUAUGAGCUCUUUGGUGACUGAGCAGGCCAAGAAGAAGAGUCCUCCCGGGAGCCCGGUUCAGACAGAUCUUGUUCUUGGACGAGCAGAGGAUUCAGAGAAAGCUGGGGAUGUGCAAGUGAGAGAUUUUCUCGGCUGCAUAUCUUCUGAAUCAGUGCAGAACAACAAUAAGAUCAGUGUUUUGCCUAAGGAGAAUCUUGGGAACUCGUUAGACAUUGAUUUAUUCAAGAAGCUAUUGAAAGGAAUGACCGAUAAAGUUUGGUGGCAGAACGAUGCAGCCGCUGCGGUGGCUGCAACAGUUAGUCAAUGCAAGCUAGGGAACGGGAAACGACGUGGUGUUUUAUCAAAGGGAGAUGUCUGGUUACUGUUUUCAGGACUGGAUAGAGUUGGGAAGAGAAAAAUGGUAUCGUCUCUGUCUUCCCUUGUGUACGGGACGAAUCCAACUAUGAUUCAGCUUGGCUCGAGACAGGAUGCUGGAGAUGGCAAUCCUAGUUUCCGUGGUAAAACCGCGUUGGAUAAGAUUGCGGAAACUGUAAAGAGGAGUCCGUUUUCUGUUAUCUUGCUUGAAGAUAUCGACGAGGCGGAUAUGUUGGUGCGUGGAAGCAUAAAACAGGCGAUGGAGAGAGGCAGGAUACGUGACUCGCACGGCCGUGAGAUCAGUUUAGGUAACGUGAUCUUUGUUAUGACAGCGAGCUGGCAUUUCGCAGAGACGAAAACGUCGUUCCUAGACAAUGAAGCUAAACUAAGGGAUUUGGCUAGUGAAAGCUGGCGUUUGAGGUUGUGCAUGCGGGAGAAGUUUGGGAAACGACGAGCGAGUUGGCUGUGUAACGACGAGGAGAGGGUGACGAAACCGAAGAAAGAACAUGGUUCGGGUUUAUCUUUCGAUUUGAACCAAGCCGCUGAUACGGAUGACGGUUCUCAUAAUACAAGUGAUCUAACAACAGAUAAUGAUCAAGAAGAGCAAGGUUUUAGUGGAAAGCUGUCGCUGCAGUGUGUUCCAUUUGCGUUCCAUGAUUUGGUCAGCCGUGUUGAUGAUGCAGUAGCAUUCCGAGCGGUUGAUUUUGGAGCUGUGAGACGGAGAAUCACAGAAACUCUAUCUGAGAGAUUCGCGAGAACCGUGGGCGAAUCAUUAUUGAUAGAGGUCGAGGACGAGGCGCUUCAGAGAAUCUUGAGCGGAGUGUGGUUAGGCCAGACAGAGCUAGAGGAAUGGAUCGAAAAAGCGAUUGUUCCAGUGUUGAGCCAGCUUAAGGCUCGAGUGUCGUCUUCUGGUACUUACGGUGACCGUACAGUAGCUCGGCUGGAGUUAGAUGAAGAUUCCAGUGAACGGAACAACGGUGAUUUACUGCCGAGAAGUAUUACAUUGGCAGUAUGAAUGAGUUUGAGAACAGAGAUGGAGUUUUUGCUGUUGCAUUGGACUGUGGAAGGGCAGGGCUGUAAAUAUGUCUCAACUGGUUUUGGCGGGUGGGAAAAAGGGAAACAGUUAGGGGUAAAAACAGUAAAAAAGAAAGAAAGAAAGGUGUUUAUAGUUCUUUUUGUUUUUUUACUCCACAGUCUUAGUUUUGUUUUAUCUUAUGUUUAUGUACGGUAAACGGGAGGGUGAUUUAUGUAGCAAUUAUAGAUAUAUUUAUUUGAUAGAUAAAUAAUGAAAGAUUAAUAAAGUUAAAAAGUAUUUAUUAUUUU